AUGCCCAGUCCGCCGCCCCGAGCCCCGCACGCCGCCCACCCGCCCGCCCGCCGGCCUCCGAUCCGCGGCUCGGCUGCUGGCUCUGCGCGCUCCCUCGCUCGCUCGCCCGCGCCGGGUGUUCGCGCAGGCCGUGGGGGCGGGCUCGGCGGGCGGGCGGGCGGGCGGGCCGGCUCCUCGCUCGCUCCGAGGGUAGCAGGGAAGCCCCCGGGGGAUCUGAAUCCACCCUUCUGCCUGCGGGUGCACCAGGCCGAAGAGGCGCCUCCCGGACCUCCCUCCUCCGCCCCGCCCAACGGGAAAGGGGCGUGUCUGCGGACGACCACGCCCCCUGUGCGCCACGCCCACCGAGCAACCCGGAAAACCCGGAGUGCCCAACGGCGCGCCGGCCGCCACGGCGCAUGCCCAGUAGCCGCCGGGCCCCCCGAGCGACUCGCCCGAAGCCAGUCCGGUUUCCCUCCGCUGUGGGGUGGCGAGUCGGACGCCGGGAUCCGGUUCGGGCCGGGAGCGGCUGGGCCGGACCGGAUCGGACCGAACCGGACCGGACCGGACCGGAGCGCCGCCCCCUCCCCGAGCCCGCACUCCCUCCCCGACGACCCCGGGGAGAGGCGGCGCCGCCCUCCCCGAGCUGUCUGGACGCCGCGGGAGGCCGCGGGGACACGUGACGGGGCAGCCAUCUUCGGCGACCCAGGCGGCCUGUGGGACGCGAGCCGACCGCCGAGCGCCACGCCUCGCCUCCCUCCCCUCCCUCGCCUCCCUCGCCUCAGCGCCGGCUCCCACCUGCCGCCCGCCCGCCCGCCGCCUCUGGAGGACCCGCUGCCGGCCCUGAGAGGAAGAGGAUGGCCUAGACUAGGCCCCCGGGGGCCACGGGCACUGCUUCUCCUCAGCCGGGGAAGCCCAGCACAAGGGGGCCCCGUUCUUCGGGCCUUUUCUUCCUGA